CUUCCAACAAUUUUGUAGAGCUACUAAAAAACAUUUUUUUUUUCUCUGAAAAAAGUGUUUAAAGUGCUUUUUUGUUGUCGUUCAAAUUGAUCCAAAUCACUUUGAGAGGCGAAGCGGUCGCGUGAACAAUGACGGAAAGACAAAAAAAAAUAAUCAGUUAAAAGUGAUGUGUCAGUUGAUUACAUUUUAGGUCAUAUAUUUAGUAAUUGUUUUUACUCUCGCUCGAAUUUAAAAAAAAAAACACAUUUUUUUUAUUAGUCGUCAAUAUAUUGAACAUUCAUUGUACUUUAUAUCUCAUUGUUGCCUUUUUCUCGUUCAAUUAUGAAAUCCAUGAUUUUAUUUGUGAUAAACGCCAAAUAACAAGAGAAACAGAUAUCAAUAUUUCAUGCAUUGAUCGGUGUGUGCAAGAGACAAACAGUGCAAUUCAAAAAUCUGCUACGAUCAUACCACCGAAAGAGAAGGGGCAAAAUAAUAAACCAGCAACAACAAAUUAAACUCAUCGACAAAACAGUAUUGUGCGUUCGAUGCUUGAACAGACUUAGUUGGCGCGAGGUGUUCAAAUAAUCAACUGUUAAGUAUGUGAAACACGUGCACAUCGUUUUGAAUUGAAAUUGUUCGUAUUCAGUGCGUUUGCUUUUUAUUCUUUUGAAUCUUUUUUUUUUUUGCUUCGGUUGCCAAGCUAAUUAUUUACAACCGACUCGUGUAUACUCUAAGAGUAGAAUAAUUUUUUUAGCUAUAGACGUUUUAAGUAAAUUUUGCAACAAAAAUGGAUAAAAAAUUUCUGAACGUGAUAAUGCUCGGGUUCGGCUUUAUGUUCCUGUUCACGGCUUUUCAAACAAUGGGAAACAUCGAGAAAACCAUUUUGGAAAGCAUUGCAAAUGAGGAUUCAAAUUUUAACGGCGAUGGAUAUACUAGUUUGGCGAUAAUUUAUGCGGCGUUAGCAAUAUGCAAUUGGCUUGCACCAUCGGCAAUAUCGAUAUGUGGCCCAAGAGGUGCCAUGUUCAUCGGUUCGAUCACAUAUUGUUUGUUCAUGGUGUCAUUUUUGUAUCCAAAGACAUGGUUAUUAUACGUAGCAAGUGCUGUAUUGGGAUGUGGUGCGGCAUUAAUUUGGACAGGACAAGGCAGUUAUUUAUCGUGUUGCAGUAAUGAAUCCAAUAUUGCACGUAAUUCAGGUGUAUUUUGGGCAAUGUUGCAAGCAAGCAUGCUGAUGGGAAAUUUGUUUGUAUUUUUCCAAUUCCAAGGAAAAGAGCAGAUCGAUGCAAAUACUCGUCAUAUUGUUUUCACAGUGCUCAUAUCAGUUGCAAUUGUUGGCGUUAUAUUUCUUGGUUUGUUACGUCGUGUCCAUCAUACAUUCGAUGAUAAGGAACGUGAUCGAGAAUUUGACUACGAUUCGAAUAGCAAUGGCAUUGUUGGGGCAUUUGUAAAAGCAAUCAAAUUGUUCUUCACACGUAACAUGCUUUUAUUGUGUAUCACAUUUCUUUAUACAGGUUUUGAAUUAUCAUUCUACAGCGGUGUAUACGGCCCAAGUAUUGGAUUCACAUUGAAAAUAGGCGAAUCGGCAAAACAACUUGUCGGUUUGUCUGGCAUUGCCAUUGGAAUUGGUGAAAUAUUUGGUGGCAUUCUUUUCGGUUUGCUUGGAUCAAAGACCGUUAAAUAUGGUCGAGAUCCCAUUGUUAUAAUUGGAUUUAUCGUUCAUAUGUUUAGCUUUUUGCUUAUCUAUUUGAAUCUACCCGAUGACGCACCAUUUAAAGGCACACAAGAGAUUGGAUACUUUAAUCCACCCAUUGUCUGGGUUGCAUUAUUGUGUUCAUUACUAUUGGGCUUUGGCGAUGCAUGCUUCAAUACACAAAUUUAUUCAAUGCUUGGUGGUUCAUUUGCAAGCAAUUCCGUUGCAGCAUUUGCCGUUUUCAAAUUUACACAAUCAAUAGCAGCUGCACUGAGUUUUAUGUAUUCAUCACACUUGGGUUUACACGCACAAAUGUCAAUAUUACUUGUGUUUGGCAUCGUCGGUACCAUAAGUUUUUGCAUCGUUGAAAAUUCAUUCAAAAGAGAUGCAGCCGGCCGAGCCUUGAAUGCUUCAAGUAAAAACGGUGCUGAUAAAUUACAAGUUGAAGUACAUUCUGACUGAAAUCAAUCGACAAUGCCAUCCAUUUUUAUAGUUAAUAACGUAAAUGUGUCGUAAAUAAAUAGAAACGAAAACCAAAAAAAAAAAAAAAAUACAUUUAGUAAU